AUGGUAACGUCGAUUGCUCAACUUCAGUUCAAGAUGGCGGACGAAGAAAGGCUUGAAAGGCGACCUUUUUCGUGUCCUGUUCAACCGCUCACCGAUAGAAAAUUAAGCGCGGAGAAGCUUCCUAACUUAAGACCGUUUUCUAUGGGUGCCGUAGAGGAAGACGAUGAAGGUGAAAUGUCAGAAGAACUUCUAGAAGAAAUUUUGAUUAAGCGUGCAAGUGGUGGAGAUAACCUUGCUAAGUUUCAACUUGGACAGUUCUAUUUUGAGCGGGAAAUUUAUGAUAAAGCUUUGAUCGCAUUUGAAAGAAUCAAAGGCAAAGAUUUUCAAGCUAAAUAUCAACUUGGAGUGAUGUAUUAUGAUGGCAUCGGAACAAAAUCAUAUCCGGUGAGCUUGUGUACAUCAAGGAAACAAGACUUAAGCUUACUUUAUUCUCAUACAAUAGAGUGAAUUUUUGAUCAUGUCCUUUAUUGGUAACUGGGCAAGUCGCCCACUGAAAAGUCACCUCGAUGAAGUUAUGUCGCCUGAACCCCAAAGUUUAUUAUUAGCGCGAAUACAUAGCCACUAAACCGAGAAAGCACUUUACAAUGUGUAUUUGUUGUUUUUUAAAUUAACCUGUGCAACUAAAUGCUGUAGAGGUGAGCGUAAAAAGACAGUGACUGCAUAACAAUGUAGGUCAGCAGCUUUGGGCGACAUGAAUUCUGGAGGGUUGCUCGAGAUGACUCCCGGCUAACUUUAUUAAAAACUACGUUCUAUCAGAUACCGCCAACAAUGUGAAAGUUUGGGUCUUUUCAAGCAGAUCAGUCUAAGAUAGGUGUUAAAAUUAAAGGAGAUCAGUUUUGGUAUUACCUAGCCAAAAGGAAUGGUAUCAAUAGUUUGUCUGGGUUAGGGUUAAAACAAUUCUAUUGCUACCCUAUCUCAGACACCUGUCUAUGUUUGGACUGCCAAUUGCCGCUGAAUAUGUUGGUGAUAUGAGGAAAUAGGGAAUUUAUUAUCAUUUCCUUAAUUCACAAGUAUGCAUUUGGUUACCUUUAAUAUCAUGGGUGACAAAUAAUGUAAAUGCUCUCAAAUAAUUUUGAAUGAACUCACUGACGUUUUACUUGGAGUUCAUUUUAAUCCCUUUAAUAAUUUUCUUUCUUUAAUAGGAGAAGGGAUUUCAGUUGCUCAAAGAGGUUGCAGAAUCUACCAAUCCUGAUGCAACUCAUCUAAUUCCCUUUGCCCAGUAUAAUGUUGGCAGAGCUUAUUAUGAAGGGUUUGGAGUCAAACAGUCAGAUGAAGAAGCAGAGAGAUGGUUCCUGGCAGCUGCUCAAGAUGGGGAUCCCAAUGGCAGCAUCAGGGCACAGACAGUCCUUGGUCUGUUUUACUCACGACCAGGAGAGGAUUCCUUUGACUUAGACAAGGUUUGUACCAGGAGGGCUGGGUGUUACUCCCUUAAAUAAAGCCAUUUAAGCAAUGGAAAACGUUUUCUUUGUUUGCAUAGCCAGAUAUAAACAUGAGAGAGGUUGGGAGAAUUUGAGACAGUUAUGCAAACCUGAGACGAAGUUGAGGGUUUGCAUAACUGUUGAGAAUUCUCUCAACACCUUGGGUGUCUAUAUCAGGCUAUGCAAAUAGAGGAAAAAAGUUUCCUAUUGCUUUUAUAAAUUAACUUCCCUGAGAACAAACGCAAACUGAAACUCUUUGUUAUGGCACUGAUUAAAACAGAAAUUCUUAUCAGUCAUGCGUUAUCAGUUCUUUUUUUUUUUACAAAAAAGAGGCUUUCCAAAAUACGGAUUUUUCUUGCUUAAAAUGUCAGUUAAGUGAAAAGAGAAUUGACACAGCAUGUUUUGUAAUGAUUUCCCAAGUUUCAACCAAUGGGGGAAUUGGUAAAUAAAGUAAACUUGUCGAGCUUUCAACUCAAAAGCUUUUUCAAAUUUGUGCUUGCAAGAUUAGUGCUCGAAAAACAAAACAUCUUGACCUCACAACCAUGUUUACAUGCUCUCAUGCAAACAUGCCUCUCGGCCAAUCAGAGCGUGCGUACUAUCUUAGUUAUUUUAUAAAUAGGUAUGUGCCACCCCAAAGGGUAUGGUUUUUGCACGGUUUUGGUCUGAAAAUGGGUAUAGACUUUGCCCAUUUUAGUCUGGAAUCAGGUAUGGUUUUUGAGGAAACUACAGGAGUCAUGUAUUUAUCAUUUCAAUUCCAAAUGAAUAAGAAAGAAAGAGAAAUAUGGGAAUUCAAAAUGGAUUUUUUUUAUUUUUUUUUAAUUUUUUUGUCAGCAUUCUAAUCUAAGUAAUGAUGACAAUUUCUAAGAGUACAGGUCUGAAAACUGGUGCACAAAAUGAAAUUUUUUAGUUUGAAAUAGGGUCAGGAUUUGAAGAACCAGGUGGCACACCCCCACCAAGAAUUCCAAGUAGUACCUCCAGGGCCCCCUAGGCCCCUUCCCAAGUUCCCUCUUCUAUGCACAGUUUUAAACUCAUGUAAAACACUGGGUAUUAACUUCAGUUGAUUUUAAAUCGUAGUUUGAUUUCUUUGCAGGCUUAUUUCUGGCACCAGGAAGCCACAGGAAAUGGAAGUCUUGAGUCACAAGGUAGAUUGAGAAUUGCCAGCUUGAGCUGAGCAACUUCAAUUUCACUCAUAAGCAGACCUCUAAGCAGAAUGGUGCAGGGGUUUAUAAGUCAAUGAGCUUUGUUAGCUAAAAAUAUUUGAUUAUUUUACAAAAUUCAUCGUAAAAUUCUGAAAUAAGCCCGGGGGCUUAUAUUUUGCAAAGGCCCUCUUUGAGGGGCUUAUAUUCGGAGGGGCUUAUCUACAGAGGGAAAUUUGCGUUUCAAAAUCGAUUGGGCUAGCCUUAUAGUUGGAAGGAAAUUUACCGUUUUUGCUUUGUUUUACUUUGUAUUUGAGGGCAAUUUCCAAGGACAAGCCCCCCGGGGGCUUAUAUUUGGAGGAACGAUUUAAUGGAGGUUUUUUUGCGUACGAGUUUGAAGGGCUUAUAAGCUCUUAUACAUGGAAAGGCUCAUACAUGGAGGGGCUUAUUUUAGGAAUUUUAUGGUAUUAUGGUUCAAAAGCCUCUUUUUAAUUGUGUUGUGCACUGUAAUCUUAUUCUAUCUUGUUGUAGGUGCUUUGGGUGUUAUGUUUGAAUAUGGUAUUGGUGUUCGGCCUGACCGCCAAGCUGCAUUUAAGUGUCUCAAAGAGGCUGCAGCCCGGGGAAAUGUUUAUGCUCAAGGCAACUUAGCUGUCCUUUAUUUUAGAAGAAAACUGUUAAACAAGGCUGCGGAUGUAGCCAAAAGGUACUGAACUAGUUUAAAAAGAACUGUAAUCAUGUCAAACAACCUGGAAAAUAAUAGCAACAGCUCCACUGAGGGAGAUACUCGGAAAAAGACUCCGUAGGAAUUCGUUCAACAAAGGAAAAGUAAGAAAUAGACAUUUUCCGAGUCUUCUUUUCUGCUUGGAAACUCCGGGCGGGGAGCGGGGGGGGGGGGGGGGGUGCCCCCCAGGGCGGUUUGGUAUACGUUUUCCGCUGGGGCCUCCCGCCCCCCCCCCCCCCCCCCCCUUCUAAACAAAAACAUAUUAUCUCCCCCCCCCCCCCCUUUUUUUAGAGGGGAGCACACGCCCCCCCCCCCCCCCUCCCUGUUUUACUGGGGGGGGGGGGCGGGGCGGGGAGGGGGAGGUCACGGGGUUUUUUUUUUUUUGGGAGCCGGCCCCCCCCGGGAUCUCCCCCUCUCCCCCCGCCUGGCCCUUCCUGUUCUUUUUUUGGUGGGGAGCCCGGGGGGGGGGGGGGGGGGGGGGGGGGGUUGCACCCAAGGGCAGUUUGGUAUACGUUUGCCGCUGAGGCCUUCAGCCCCCCCCCCCCCCUCCCAGUUAAAGACAAAAAUCUUUCAUAUCGCCCAUACCCUGUUGUUUAAGACGGGAGAACUAGGCUCCGUCCACCCGUAUCCGUUUUUGUUUGAAAGCGGAGAUUUUUUUUCACCAGUUCUGCCUACCGUUCACACGUAUCAGGCGAAAACGGUCACCGAAAACGCAUCUUUUCAAAAACGUUCGAAAACGGUCACCGAAAACGCAGGAGGUUUUCGAAUACGAUGAUGUCGUACAUCAUACACCACUAGCGUUACGCAUGCUCCGUAAGGGAUGCUAUGAUUCUUUUUAGGGUUUUCGUGUGGACGGGCGAAAACGAUUCAAAUACGCCACGUGUGGACGCGUAUUUUUUAUUUUUUGUACGAAAAUAGGGACCUUAGGAUCCAACGUCGUUCACGGCAUUGAGAUACGUCAAAAAGCAAUAGGUUUAGAUUAGCAAAACAACAACUUUGCACGUGCAUCACGCUUUUUUGUACAAUUCUUUGCCAUUACUGCACGACUACGACGUGAAAAUACAUAAUUACACGUUUUACUUCCUCUUUUUGAACAGUUGGAUAAGGCUCUUAGAGAUUCAAUUCCAGGAGAGUUCCUAUACAUAUCAAAAAGUAAAUGAUAUGGAAUAAUUGCGAUGUAGACUGACAAAACGCGAAUUCACUGUAAAAGCGACGUUUUCGCUGCCGUUGCCUUCCUCGAAUCUUAAGGGCCCUAACGGGGCCUUGUUUCAUUUGCUCUGUGUUCUGUUCAAUGCAUCUAGUGUUGGGGAGCAAGAUGACGUUGAAGGCCUUGCCCUUGAGACGGACUGUCUUCCACAGUAUGUAGCUAAAGGGAUUGCUUUAGGAUGCUUUGUGUACGGUCGCUGUCUGCAUCAUGGCUUAGGAGUUGAACGGGACAGGGAACAGGCGAGAUAUUGGUACUCAAGGGUAUGUACCUAUCUUUGUGCGUAUGGCAAUGUCACAAAAAAUCAUGUCCCAAAACUUAUUAGUGGAGACCUUUAGAUUCUAAGACGAGUACGACUACGAGUGCGAGAUUUUCUCAAUACCAAGUAGUGCCUGAACCAGCGUUAUUUUGGCGGGAAAACGAGAUAGCCGUCGUCGUUCUUCUACGAGUUUUGGCGAGAGAAUGUCGUAGUAUGCGGAAACAAUUUAUCAAAUGUUGGAAGUUUUAUCAUUUUGGGAUAGGAAGAGGCCGGCUUAUCCUCUUUCAAUAAAAAUAACUGUGCCAACUAUCGUUGUAAAAAAAAAGUACAAUAAAGCUUUCCGGGGUAUAUAUGUUUUGAGGAUGCGCGAAAAAACGUGAAAUUAAAUCUCGUACUCGUAGUCCUACUCGUCCUAGAAUCUUAAGGUCUCUAUUGGUAAGCGACAGACGAACGUAUUUUGUUGGAAGCAUUCAGCAUUUGAAUCUGUUAGACUAUACAUUUCUUGAUUUGGCAACUCCUAGAAAGAAACUACCGGAAUCUAAAAUGGUCUAAGAUUGUGAAUAGACUUUAGAGCCAGUUGCGUCACCAUCAUAAACCAAAGCUCGUUGUCCUUAUAAAGGUCCUGUGACGAUAACCUUUACUUUUUCGUUUGCGUUGUAAGGUUGGCUGAGUUUAGUGAUUUAGGAAAAAUCUCCGUCGCUGAAUAUCCAAAGGCAAGAGAGCAUAAAGCCAUGUUACUCGUUAACAGAAUAAACUAACUGGCGAAAUAUGGCAGCGGGCUCAAAGUUUUCAGAUACGUAUAUUAACCCUGUGUAAGUGGUCUUAGAAGUCCGCACUAACAAGUCAGGUUCAUGUCUGGCUUUAUCACCCCUUUCCAUUUUUAAAAUAGUAGGCUCUAUUGUAUAUUGUAAAUUUUUUUUUCCUUAAUAGGCUGGCUCUUUUGAUCUCGACGUGGUCGCCCGGCUCCAAGAUGAAAUGACGUACGGUUAUAUUUGA